UGUGCGAUCUCUGUGAGAAUCAGAGCGGGAGAGAGACGACAACUGCCAUAGGAAGCAGCGCAGCCCAACUCGGCCAUCCCGACUGGCUCCAGGUGCUUUAAACCGCUUUCUCGCUGGCCAAAGGGGAAAUAGUGACAGAACUGUGCCGGAAUAUAUAUAUAUAUAUAAACGAAGAGGCUGGAGAGCUGCAGACUCAGGGAUGGAAAACUUCUUUCGGAGAAAGUCAAUGGCAGAAGCAUCAAACUCUUGCUAGUAUCGCAAAGAUUUGAAGUCUGCAACCAGUCUUUCUCCAUGUGUCUCCAGUGCUGCUGGAACAAGGACACAUGACAUAGGAUGAACACUGCUCAUCACCUGAUAUCAUCUGUGUUGUUGUCCCUUGUUCUGCUUACUUUUGGGUUUGAAGUCAGUGAGAACAUAUGUUCUACAUUAGUUUCUGGAGUUCUGCACAGAUCAUUCUCACUACAGGACAUAUUUCCUAAAGUCUUUUCUGGCUGCUCUUGGACUAUUGAAAACCCAGAUCCAACAAAAUAUUCAAUUUACUUAAAAUUUCAUAAAGUAAAGCAGAUUUGCUCCCAUACCUCUCUGAUGGUACUGCAGUUGGAUCACUACAUUCCGAACCAGACCUGUAGCACGUUGGAUUAUAUUGAUUAUGAUGCAGUUAACUUGUGUGAAACAAGGAAUUUGUUUACAUUUUUACAGUUUGAUAAAGAUUUUGUACAAUUUUGUCUGACUUCUGAAUCAGUUUUGACUGAACAUCUUGGGAAAAAUGCAAUGGAAUUUCAAAUCUUGGAGGUUAUUUUACUCAAUAAUGAGAAUUCUAGCCAGUUUGGCUGUGGAAUAUUGUGCCAUUGGUUUGAAAGCUGCCUGAGCAAGAGAAGUCAUUAUGAACCAUGUGGAAUUAACUACUCAGGGUGUCCAUGCCCGGACAUGCAUGAAAAUGAGUCCGACUCAUCCACGGUACUACCUUUCAUCGAGAGUGAGUUCAUAGCAUCAAAAUUACGUUCCAGAAAUGUAAAUGAUUUUAAUGUUGAAAAAGUUGCAGCAAAAGCUGGAAGUGACAUUAAGAAUGAACGGAAAAUUAGAAGGCAGCAUCCGAGAUCAGCUGAUGACUCUGGAACAUUUAUGGCACAAAUUGGAGAUCCUGCUGCUGAAGAGUGGUCUCAAUGGAGUGUAUGCUCACUCACAUGUGGUAUGGGAUCACAGGUGCGAACAAGAUCAUGUGUAGCAUCCCCCUAUGGAACUCUGUGCAGCGGUCCUCUAAGAGAAACUCGAGUUUGCAAUAAUUCAGCUACAUGUCCAGUACAUGGUCUGUGGGAGGAAUGGUCGCCUUGGAGCUUGUGCUCAGUUACCUGUGGGAGAGGAUCGAGAACCAGAUCUCGGAUGUGCGUUGCUCCACAACAUGGAGGGAAAGCGUGUCAGGGUCCAGAACUCCAAACCAAGCUCUGCAACAUUGCACUCUGCCCUGUUGAAGGACAGUGGUUGCACUGGGGACCAUGGAACAGAUGUUCAGUAACAUGUUCAAAUGGAACGCAACAAAGAACUCGCAAAUGCAUCUCAACCCACGGUUGGACAGAGUGUAAAGGUCACAAAGCUGAGGCCCGGGAUUGCUUCAACCAAGCGUGCUCAAGUGAUGGCAAAUGGGGUCCAUGGAACCAUUGGAGUUUGUGUUCCAAAACAUGUGACAGUGGCUGGCAACGACGCCUUCGUAUGUGCAAGGGGACAAGUGUCAAAGGCUACCCAUGUGAAGGAUCAGGGGAAGAGGUCAGGACAUGCAAUCAUAAAAGAUGCCCAGCUCCCCAUGAGAUGUGUAGGGAUGACUACAUCAUGGCAAUGACCUGGAAGAGGACGGUAGCUGGGGAGCUGGUUUAUAAUAAAUGUCCUCCAAAUGCAACAGGUUCAGCCAGCCGCAGAUGUUUAUUAAGUUCUCAUGGAAUUGCAUUUUGGGGGCCACCAAGUUUUGCCAGAUGUGUCUCACAUGAUUACAGGCACUUGUACGUAUCGAUCCGAGAGCACCUGGCUAAAGGACAGCGGACCUUGGCAGGAGAGGGCAUGAUACAAGUAAUAAGAACUAUGCUGGGUUUAAUAGCGAGAAAGAAUUUCUACAGUGGAGAUCUCUUAUUUUCUGCAGACAUACUACGGAACGUGACAGAUACGUUCAAGAGAGCCAGCUAUAUUCCUGCUUCUGGUGAUAUACAAAAGUUCUUUCAGAUUGUCAGCUACAUGCUUGAAGCAGAAAACAGAGCAAAAUGGGAAGAUGCACUUCAGGUUGCACCUGGAUCGAUCUACUUGAUGCGAGUAGUUGAAGAUUUUAUCCACAUUGUGGGUCAUGGAUUGAAGGUGUUUCAGAGUGCCCUUAUUGUGACAGAUAACCUUGUGACUAGUAUACAACGAGAGCCUGUAUCUGCUGUGUCAAGUGAUAUCAGCUUCCCAAUGAAAGGCAGAAGAGGAAUGAAAGAUUGGGCAAAAAAUUCAGAAGACAAACUUUAUAUUCCAAAAGAGGUGUUCACACGUUCUUCUUCAGAAACAGAUGACUCGACCUAUUAUGUGAUUGGAGCUGUGCUGUAUCGGACGCUGGGUCUCAUCUUACCUGUUACAAGAAAGUCAAUGGCAAUAAAUUCCAAAGUACUGACAGUAACAGUAAGACCACAGCCGAAGGCUUCUGAACCAAUUGUUGUAGAGUUAUCGCAUCUUAUUAACGGAACAUCUGACUCACACUGUGUUGUUUGGGAUGACUCCAAAAUAGAUUCUGAUCCAGGGAGCUGGGACCCUCAGGGAUGUGAAACGGUGCAAACACAAACAUCACACACGAAAUGUCUUUGUAAUCAACUGGCCACUAUCGCCAUCUUAGCCCAGAAACCGAGAGAAUCGACCAUGGAAUUUACAGGAGUACCAUCUGUCCCACUGAUGAUCGGAUGUGGAAUUGCCUGUAUGGCUCUCUUAACAUUGCUUGCUGUAUACGCUGCCUUUUGGAGAUUCAUAAAAUCAGAGCGAUCCAUUAUUCUACUCAACUUUUGCCUGUCUAUAAUGGCAUCGAACAUCCUUAUUUUGGUUGGUCAAACACAGAUACACAGCAAGGGAGUGUGCAUGAUGACAGCAGCUUUUCUACAUUUCUUUUUCCUCUCAUCCUUCUGUUGGGUGUUGACAGAAGCCUGGCAAUCUUAUCUUGCUGUUCUGGGGAAAAUUAGAACCAGGCUUAUAAGGAAACGGUUUCUCUGCCUUGGCUGGGGUUUACCCGCACUGAUUGUGGCCAUUUCCGUUGGAUUUACUAAAGCUAAAGGAUAUGGAACAGCUAAUUACUGUUGGUUGUCUUUGGAAGGAGGCCUCCUUUAUGCAUUUGUUGGACCAGCAGCAAUAAUUGUAUUGGUAAACAUGCUCAUUGGGAUCAUAGUAUUCAACAAACUCAUGUCCCGAGAUGGAAUUUCAGAUAAGUCCAAAAAGCAGAGAGCUGGUCAGGCAAAUGAAGCCCGUAGCAGUUUGGUGCUCAAAUGUUCCAAGUGUGGAGUUGUUUCAACUACAGCAUUAUCUGCCACCAUCACCAGUAACGCCAUGGCAUCCCUGUGGAGCUCGUGUGUUGUACUCCCAUUGCUGGCACUGACCUGGAUGUCAGCUGUUCUGGCGAUGACUGACAGGCGAUCGAUUUUGUUUCAAAUACUGUUUGCAGUUUUUGACUCCGUUCAAGGCUUUGUUAUUAUUACAGUCCACUGCUUCCUGAGGCGAGAGAUUCAGGAUGUUGUAAAAUGUCGGACAGGAAGCUGCAAAACUGAAGAGAAUGAAAACUCACCUGAUUCUUACAAAAAUGGUCAAGUCCAGAUUAUGACAGAUUUUGAAAAGGACGUGGACCUGGCCUGCCAGUCGGUGCUCUUCAAGGAGGUUAAUACUUGUAAUCCUGCAACUAUUACUGGAACACUGUCUCGUAUUUCAUUGGAUGAUGAGGAAGAUGAGAAGCUGCAUACAAACAGUGAGGGGAUGAACUUCACAACCCUUCCGGGAAAUAUUCCACCAGGAAAUGUCUUGGUUCAGUUGCCUCCCAUGCACCAGUUGCACAACAUGAUGUCUGGUAUGAAUGAACUUAAUGAGCAACCAGCCAAAAAAGAAACCAACAAUGAGUUGAGGGGAACACUGUAUCUGUGCACAGAGAAUACAUUGAAACCAGUGGAUGUGAAGUGGAGGCGGGCACAGGAGCAGCCACUAGAAGGUGACUACAUGGUACUCCCAAGGCGCACAGUCAGCUUAAAGCCUUUCAUCAAAGAGGACAACAAAUUAAACAUCAAUGUGGAUGACAACAGGCACAAUAUUGGUGGAAACCAACCAGUCGAGUCAGAGGUUUAUCCUAACUUUGCAUCACUUGAUCAUAUCAAUAUUAACUUAAAUCAACCUUAUGGUACGCUUAAUCAUCCACGGAAUGUACCCAUCAAACAGCACCCUUCAGUGAGGCACAUUCUAGCAUCUGAACUUGCUGACAGGAGCAGAACCAUGCCACGCAGCAAACCAAGUGCAACAAACUCCACGGGUUCCUUAGAAAGGAAAAGAGUGAGGUACUCCGAUCUUGAUUUUGAGAAAGUCAUGCACACAAGAAAACGUCAUUCAGAGCUCUAUCAUGAACUAAACCAGAAAUUCCACACCUUGGACAGAUUCCGAGAUUCCAAAUCCUCAGGAUUUAAGCAAGAGAAGCAAUGUAGCAUUUCCCCAGCAGGAGCUGAAAAGAGCACGCCAGCUGAACAAACUGUACCCUUGGAGCAGUCAUGGGACAACUUCACGAGCCCACCAGCCAACACACUUCAUUUAGACAGUCAGGAAAAUUUGGAACUUCAUUCGCCGCAGUGGGAAACAUCUGCCACAAUUGCUUUGGAUACAUCUGAAGGAGACUUUCAAACCGAAGUUUGAAGGAGAUUCAGAGGUAAAAACAAACUGACAGAAACAACAGACUUCAAAUAUAUAUUUUCACACUGAUGCUUUGAGAAGAAUUUUCUUGUGUGUCAAAUUCCCGAAGAAAAGUCAAGUUCUUAUUUUCAACAUUUUCACUACAACUGAUUGGUGAGACGGCAAGACUGAGUCUGUGAAACUAAGUUCCAGAUCUGUGUACUGAAGACCUUACUUCCUAGACGAUUUUCUUUUGAUGAGCUGUGUGGAACCCGCAACCAAGACUAAAAGGAUUCAGGCACCAUCUCUAGUUGACACAGCUAAGUUUAAGAUGAAAUAAAUUUUUAGUGAGGCUCCAUCACUUUUGUCUCAACAUCUUAUUGAGAAAAGACAA